AUGCCAAUUGAUAAGAGAAAAAUAACCAAUGUUGCUAAUUAUCCAACAUGGUUAUCGUCAAUACAUAUCUCAAUGAAUGCAUUUUAUUUAUUUUUAAUAUUUAUUUCAUUGGCUUGGAAUGUUUACAAUACUCAUCAAUAUCAAAUCUUAGCUGAACGACAACUCAAGUUCGAAAAUAUCCUAGCGGAAAUUUUACCACCUUCAUCCUUGCAAUCAUUUAAUCAAAUACCAACAUCUUCAACGUUCAAACAAUGGAUGACAAGCGCUUUUGCUUUGCUCAAACAAUUCACCUUCAACGAUGACUCGACUAACAGUAGCAGUCCAAUUGUAGUUCAACCCAGUACAAACGCUAUACGUCAACGACGACACAUUGAAGAGCCACAACCAAAUAAUUGUUUAUGUCCUGCAGGUCCUAAGGGCGAAAAAGGCGAUCGAGGUUUUGCUGGGUUUCCUGGUGAAUCGGGACCGAAAGGUGAACGAGGCUUUCCAGGAUCCAUUGUAUGGAAUGGCGUUAAAGGCGAAAAAGGCGAACCAGGAAAUAGUGGAGAUGCAGAUCGUACAGGAAUAGCAGAGUCAUCAUCACAUAUGAAGUAUAUCCAAGGUCCACCGGGCCCGGCAGGUCCUCCUGGUCCACCUGGAGUUAAAGGUGACAUGGGUCCAGCUGGACAUAAUGGUAUUGGCGAAACAGGGCCGCCAGGUCAAGAUGGUUUACCAGGCGAGAAGGGCGAAAAGGGCAAUCGAGGCGCUGCUCUUCGGCCGAAAAUGCGUCGAUUUGUUUUUCUGAAGGGCGAUCCUGGAUCACCUGGAAUUAAAGGAGAACGUGGCGAUUCUAUUGUUGGACCAAAGGGUGAUCGUGGUGCUCCCGGACUACCCGGAAGUCCAGGAAUGCCUGGACAAAAUGGUCGCGAUGGUAUUGAUGGAACGAAAGGUGAACUGGGACCACAAGGUCCCCCUGGAAGAAAAGGGGAUCGUGGUGUUAAAGGCGAAGCUGGAUACAUUCAGAAAGUUGAUUUCAAUUCUACGCAUAUCGUCAUGAUGGGUCCACCAGGUCUUCCUGGGCCAAAGGGACGCAUUGGUCUACCUGGUCAGCCUGGAUUCAAUGGAGAAAAGGGUGAUCGAGGAGAGCCGGGAACAACGGGUGGAGUAGGAGCAAAAGGAGAUAUUGGUCCUCCUGGUUUUAAAGGCGAAAAAGGUGAUCAAGGCAAAGGAGAAAAAGGAGAUCGAGGUCCAAUGGGUUUGCCUGGCUAUUCAUUGAGUGUGCCUGAAUCAUUGAAGAAACGUUCAGUGGGCGGUCGAGGUGAGCAAGGUAUACGAGGUCCGCCGGGAGAAAAAGGAGAUAAAGGAGAUGAAGGUCGAGAAGGUCCACGAGGUUUUCGUGGUCGGCCAGGUUUACCAGGGCCUGCUGGAAUGGAUGCACUGCCAUGUCCACAAAUUCAACUAAAGCAAACUUGGUAA